AUGCGCCUCGAUGCUGCGUUCUACCUGGGGGUUGGAAUUGCAGCCGUCCGAUCGGCCGAUAGCACUCCUCCUGCCUCCCCCGUCUCGUCCCCAGCAGCCUCUUGUCUCCCAGGCCUUUGCCUCACAGACUGUGUGUUCUCCUCCUCGUCACUCUCGCUUAGUGGCAGCGGUUCUUCUCUAUAUCGCCGUCGGCGUCUCCCCCCGUUGCGUCAACUGCGGUGGUGGCUCCGCCUGGCGCUCUUCCUGCUGUUGCCCAUGGGCGUCGCGCAGGCGGCUGUUGAUGGCGGCGAGGUGGCGAAAUCGGUGGAGUCCUCCACCACUGACGUCCCGGGCCAGGGGGCGCUCCCUACCGCUCCCGCUCUUCCAACUGCGGCGACACCGGUGCCGCCUCCGCCCGUGCUGGCAGGUCCCGCUCCUGCGCCGCCUGUGGCUGCUCCCCCUGCUCAGCGUGGGCCGUCUCUAGGCCGCCGUCAGCAGCGGCCUCACUCCCCUGCGCCCCGUGACGAGCGGGAGACGUCAAGGCGGCGCCACGAUUCUCCUCGGCGCCGCGGUUCCCAGGCGAACUGGGCAGCUCCCCGCGGCGGGCGUGGUGGCUGGUGGGGGCAGCGCCAUCACGGUGGUGGCUGGGCGCAUGAUCAGCCGGUGACGAUGGCGAAUCUGCAGCGCGCUGUUUCUGCUGCGGUGCGAGAGGAGCGGAUUGGGCAGGCGAGCCAGAGCCACUCGCCGCGUGUCGCUCCGACCCCUGCGGCUCCUCCUCCAGUUGCGCUCCCUGUGCCUGCAGCUCCGCCUCCGCGUGUAGCAGCUCCGCUUCCCCCUGCUCCCUCUGCGUCUGCUGCUGCUCCGGCAAGUCGCGAGGAGCCGCUGUGGUUUCCUUCCGCUGGUGACGCGCUGUCGUUCCAGGCGUUGGCGAGACCUCCUCGCAUGGCUGAGGUCCCCGAGGUGUCUCUCGGGCAGCUGUGGCGCCUCGCUGAGGCCUUGCGGGCCGUGCACCUGGUCCAGGCGUACGGUCAUGCGGCUCUCGCUCGUGGUGGCUCGCUGGAUGGUCGCCAAUGGGACGAAUGUCUCGAUGCUGCUGACCGGCUCGCGGAGCUGCUGGCUCCCGUGUUGGCUGCGCCCGCGAUGGGUGUAAUUGCGGGUGUUGGGCAGCUUGGUACAGCUGUCCGUGGUCUGCGGCGGAUUUUGCGCGCAGGCUCUGGAGCCGAUGGGAUCGGCGCAAGCACGGCGGCGGUGCGGGAGCUGCACCGCUCUCUGACUGCGCUCCUGGCUGUUCUUGACGCUGAUCAGUACUAG